AUGUCUGAUCCAUUUGCUGAUUUGUUAAGCUCUUUUAGGAGCGGUGGAUCUGAUUCUGUAUCCAAGGAAGCUACCCCGGAGGUGAAACAGGAGAAAUUGCCUGGUCGAAAUCAGAUCAAUGUUCAUGAUGAUUUAGAUGAGUUGUUUGGGUUAAAGAAGAGGGAUGAAACUGUGGUAAAAAAUCAAGUGGUUGGCGAUAGUUUUGAUGCGGCAUUUGAAGCAUUUGACAGGCCUCAGAAGGUGGAAAAGAGUCUUGAGGAGAGUCCCGAGAUGGUUGUAGAUGAAGUAAAGGACAUGGAAGUAGCCAAACUGAUGUCAUUGAACCUAGAUAUUGAUCAGGCUACUGACUACUACGAAAGAGGGGUUUUAUAUGAGCAAUUGUCUAGGCAGCGAAGGGAACAGGAAUUGAUAAGGCGAAGAGAACAGAUGCUACGCCAGCAACAACAACAACAACAGACGCCAGAGGAAAAGUUUGAUAGUGGGAGCUUUUUCAGUUUGGCAUCGGGAAUUUUGGAGAAGGGUAGACAAUUUGUGGAUCAGUUUUCUGGGUUUCCUCAGGAACAGGAUCGUCUUACAAGGGUGAGAGUAGAGCAAGACCUACCUGUCGAGAGACCGAAAUCUGUCGAACCACCUACGGUUGAGGUGGAGGAAGGCAACCUUCUGGGAGAAUUUCAAGAGAAGAUAAAUCUCGAAGAGCCAAAAAGGUCCCCUACCCCACCUCCUCAGGCUACACUUCUUGAUUUUGAUAACGGCACGCCUCCUGAGAGGAUAAAGACUAUAACGCCAGUCCCAAUAUCACAUUUAGAGAUAUCAGGUUAUAAGGAAUACAAAGAUCGUGGUACAGAAUUUUUCAAAGCUGGUGAUUACGUCUCUGCAUCGCAAGAAUAUGAAAAGUCUCUCAACUCGCUGCCUCAGAAUCAUGCCCUUCGUAUUGUUGCUUACUCAAACUUGACAGCUGCGCUGUUCAAAGUUGGUGAAUACAAAAGGUGUUUAUCUGACAUUGAAUCUGCACUAGAAAUGUUCCCCAAAGAUCCAAACUUAUGGGAUGAGCCAAUUCAGGAUAGUCAACCCAUCAGGACUUUCAAAGAAAUGUGGCCAAAAAUCGUCACUAGGCGUGCAGAAGCAUUUGAGCAUAUAGAAAAUUACGAAAGAGCACUGCAAGAUUACCAAUCUUUGAUUGAAAAGAAUAAUUUCAACGAUAAAAUCAUGGGCGGCAAAAGAAGAUGUCAAAAAGUCCUCAAUCCAACUGAACCAAAAGCAACAUCACCAAAUCGAUCACCAACGCCAGUUCCGAAAGUUUCUGAGGAUACGAAGCAGCCUAAGACGUACGCCAAUGUAGAACGGGUGAAACAAGAAAACCAACGAAAUGAACUACAGGAAGCUGAAAAGGCUGCACUUUACGAUACAGUUUUUCAACAAAUAGAGUCUUGGAAAGCUGGCAAAGGUGAUGACAUUCGUCAUCUUCUAGCUAAUCUAUCCACGGUUUUAACGUGGUGUGACUGGAAACCUGUUUCAACGUCUGAUUUAGUAAUGCCGAAAAAGGUCAAAAUUACGUACAUGAAGGCAGUAGCCAAGACCCAUCCAGAUAAGAUACCAUCUUCUCUGGAGCUGGAGAAAAGAAUGAUCGCUGAGGAUGUUUUUAGUUCCUUGAGUGUCGCAUGGGAGAAAUUUAAACUGGCAAACGAUAUCAAUUAA